AAUGAAAUUCAGAUCCUCACACGUUUGCGCCACAGAAAUCUUGUGUCACUCUAUGGCUGCACUUCACGUCAGAGCCGUGAACUACUGCUUGUGUAUGAAUACAUUCCAAAUGGCACAGUUGCCAGCCAUCUCCAUGGGGAAUUGGCAAAGCCUGGCUUACUAACGUGGUCCUUACGAAUGAAAAUUGCCGUAGAGACAGCUAGUGCAUUGGCUUAUCUUCAUGCUUCUAAAAUCAUUCACCGUGAUAUCAAAACUAACAACAUUCUCCUUGACAACAGUUUCUAUGUUAAAGUUGCAGAUUUUGGCCUUUCAAGACUAUUCCCCAAUGACAUGACUCAUGUCUCCACAGCACCACAAGGGACCCCGGGUUAUGUUGACCCGGAAUAUCACCAAUGCUACCAGCUAACUAGCAAGAGUGAUGUGUAUAGCUUUGGAGUUGUGCUCAUUGAGCUAAUAUCAUCUAUGCCAGCUGUUGACAUGAACAGGCAUAAGGAUGAAAUUAACUUGUCUAAUCUAGCCAUAAAGAAGAUCCAAGAAAGGGCAUUGAGUGAACUGGUUGACCCUUAUCUGGGUUUUGAUUCAGACACAGAGGUGAAGAGGAUGAUAAUUGAGGCGACAGAGUUGGCCUUUCAAUGUUUGCAACAGGACAGGGAAUUGAGACCUUCCAUGGAUGAAGUCCUUGAGGUAUUGAAGAGAAUUGAAAGUGGGAAGGAUGAGCUAAAGCAUCUAGAAGAAGCAGUUCAUGGUUCUGGGGUUUCACAUAAUAAUAAUGUAACAACCUCAACAGAAUUGGAUGAAGCUGGAUUGUUGAAGAAUAGGAAGCCACCUUCUUCACCAAUAUCCGUUCCUGAUAGUCGGGAAAGUAAAUCCACUACGCCUAAUGCCAGUUCUUAAUCACUUGGCUUAUUAUCAGUUAGUGAUACAUAAUCCAUUCUUGCCUAACAAGCUUUCAGCACUCAUUGUUAGUUGAAAAUGAGUGAAUCUAAGCUUCAUUUAUCUUGUCAUCCACUUGUAUAGUUAUAGGAUGAUUAUAUUAAGCGGAAUAUCAUAGUCAAGUUAGGAGUUGAGAGAAUAUAAAUUUGAAUAUUCAGAAUAAAAGAAAAUAUAAUUGUUGAUUCCAGAAAAUGUGCUGCCCCUUUUAAGCUGUAAAGCAUGCACAAUUUUUAGGUGUUGGAGUGUCACACAACCCACUCCAACAAUGACACUUCCUUAAAAAUUCAAUUAAAAAUUAUUUUUUACUGUGAUGGA